UCUGUUAGCGUGGUUAGCGUGCUGAGUUGCCGGACGAACACGAAGCGUUCGUUUUCGUUCGUAACAAAACUAUUUUGUAUAAACGUCCAGCGCAUACGCUUGCGUCGUUGUUUCGCUGCUUUCCUGUUUUGAAAUUGUGUUCUUUAGUGCAGUGCUGUCGCGGGUGUAGACGUAUGUGCUGUUCUUCCGUUGGACGCAAACAUGGAAGACAUGCGUCUGUACUUGCAGAGUUCACCGACCCAUCGUAAAGGCGGCUCUUCACGACCCAGCCUACAGUGCACGAAGCUCAAGGCAACGACGAGUCUGCACCUUUAAGAGCUUUCCAUCGCCUCGAAGCGCACGAAGGGCAUCAAGGCUUGCGCAAGACUUUGAUCACAUGUAUGGACGGAUAGAGGCUUAUAGGCUGUACGAGACUCAAGUCUGUACACGCGCUAUAACCUUUAGAUUCGUUUGGACAUGCGUCCGACAUGGAUGGAUAUCCGAUGGAUGUCUAACGUCACCUUUAUUGCGGCCGCUGCUCCUCUGGGACUCCUGGCUUAAACUGCAAAAGCACAGGUCGUUCGGAUACGAACGACUCGGCGGCUACCGCAGACGUCCAAGGGGUGCCAGAAAUCCUCCAUCGACAUCAACGAAGCCAUAGCAACGUUCCAGCUCUCGUAAACUUCGGACGGCGAAGGUGCCGAAUUGCCGUUUGAACCCUCAAUGAGCAUGUCCUUCCUCGGCUGGUUCUUUCUUCAGUCGACUGGUCUCUCUUUAAGCGUGUGUGGCUAUCUGCCGGCUAAUACACGGCUAGAAUGCGUUGGACCGCGAGGUUACGACGACAUCCGUGUUCGGAUCGAUACAGUUUAUUGCCGCUACAUCAUCCAGGAUCAUUUGAUGAGUCCAGACUACGAACUGCUGUACAGUUUCGGCGAUGUUGUUGCCGUCCCUGGCACUCCCGAUUAUAAAGUCAUUUCAACCGACGCCUUCGCUGGAAAUGUGUGGACCGAUGUAGACUUCGGCUACAACUACCACUACUAUAUCGCAAAUAUGACUAUGUUUUAUGCGGGAACAUUUUACGCAACCUUCGGGUUGCGAAACAAAACUACCCGGUUCAUGGAGCACCUGAACGUUUACACAUUCACCGUGAAGCAUUCGGAAACGCCGUGCGAACCUUACCUUCACGUCGAGGGCCUCGGAGCAUGCGGUCACUCCCAAGUGCUCGAAGAAGGCAGAGACCUGGAGCUCGAGGUCUCGCCCAGGGUCACCUCUUCGUGCGAUACGGUACUAACAUCGUACUCCAGGUUGCAAUGGCUGACAUUAAGCGUGCCUACGACCAUACGCUGUAGUGGAGAAUAUCCUGCCAAAGACGAUCAGAGACUUGGUGACGGCGUGGGAGGAUGCUACCAGGGAAAAUGCAACGUCACUUACCACCUUCGAAUACCACGUUCUUGUGUACAAGACAAGGCGCCUGUCAAGGUAAUCAUUCGUCAAAUGUGGCACCGAAAGACAUCGAACGUGCAAAUAGUACACGUGGGAUACGUCCGCACCACGUCGGAGAGCAUUCGGGUCCGUAUCGCCGGUUUGCCGCUGACUGUCCUGUCGGACGCCGAAACACUACUGCUCGACGGAUCGGCGUCCGUGGAUCCACGUUCGCCAUACGAAGCGCUGCGUUUCCUCUGGUCCUGUUGGAAGUGUCCACGUAAAAAUCCUCUUGCGAUUGCAUUCAGUCGUAAGAAUCGUACGACGGCGGCCGUGGUCGUCGAAGAUAACCUAAAUUACCGAGGCGCACCUGAAGUUAUCGAGUUUAGACUCCAGGUAUCAAGCCGGACGGGAGCCGCUGCGACGUCGUCCAUUAAAGUGCGCGUUCCUGGAAGGAAUGACCGUACCCUCCACAUUAUAUGUCCUUGCUGCGAAUAUACCAAGAUCUCUGGGGAACCAAUCUUCAUGGAAGCGCGACCACAGCGAACGGAAAUCUGGGGCACUCGAUACCCGGAGAUCACGUGGAGGAUCACGGAUUCCGCGGGAGCGCGGGCAGACAUUGAACUCUACGUCAUGGAAAACGGCGGUAUCAUUGAGGUUGCCAAUGCUGAUGGCGUGGCCAGUGGUGAUUAUCACUUCACGGCAGAAAGCAGCGGCUCUGCGGCUUCUGUGCUGAUCCAGAUCAAGACAACGCAAACUCUUUUCGAAGAACGACAGCUUCGGCAACAAGACGAUCUUCCACCUAUUCGUGGAAACUGUACCAUAACGCCAAGAAGGGGUGUCGCCGUGCUGUCGCACUUUCGUCUAACCUGCAUGGGUUUCGUCGACUACGACGAUACUCAACUCACCUUCGAAUUCUACUACUGCGAUUUGAGAGAGCAUGAAGUUCAGCAACACAUGUUUCGUACGCUCCGUCAAGCCUGCAUACUCCUAAAGUCAAAGCUGAAUGAUUCAACGUUUGGAGGGGUGCUUCCACAAGGUCGGCCCGAAAACAAGUACGAAGCCCUGAUCGUGGUCUUCUGCAUCGACUCCACGGGGGAAUUUUCGUACACCACGGUCGACGUUGUUGUGGACAGUGGUAACUGCUCCAGCGUUACCCUGAAGGACGUCACGCAGUACCAGCGUGAUGCUGCUGCCUGGAACACAGAGGACGACUCUAGCGCAACCGUCAGCGACACAUUGUCCUACAUUCAGAGCUCUUCCAUCAUGCUCAAGUCCGAUUUUUAUCGCGGCUGUGACAACGAAAUGGACGGACAGGUGCUUGAAAACCAGACUCACGUACGUGAGAACUUCGUCGAGUACCUGAGCAAUGUACCCAUUAGCAGCGAGGGCGAUCUCCAGAAGGCAGCGGAAGUGCUGGAUGCCAUCUUGCCCACCAACAAUUCUGAGGCCAACAAGAACAUAACGGAGGCUGCAAUAGUACUAGUGGACAAGUACGUGGACGCCUACGAAGCGUUUGCUGCAGAGGAAGUCGACGGACGGAUCGGCAAUCGAACUGUCGCAGUCGGCGAAGCAGUAGCCGAAACUAUAACGGCUGUCUUGAAUAUCACCGUGCCCCCGCCGAGGGAAACCCCGUCCGUCGUACCAGAGAACUUCAGUACGACACCCGAGUGCGUUACAGCAGAAAUGCUGAUAGAAAAUCUCGGACGCAUUGCCAAGUCCGUAUCCAGAGUUGUCGACACCGAAGUGGAAGACCUGAGCAUCAUGUACGAAGAUUACGAGCUGUGGAUACGAGAGAGCCAGCGAACGGGGUUCCUGGGAUCUUUCAACGGAACUAAAGUUCGUCUGCUAUCGAGAGCGGACCAGCAGACUUCUAUCGUGUUUCCGGCAAGUCCGUUUCGCUGCCAUAGAUCUGGACGGUUCUCAAACACGCAAGCGGUCAGCGUUAACGCGUCUGUGAAUGUUGGAGGAAGGCGUGGGCGUUGGAGAUCGAUGAGGCCGGUGCGGGCUGGCAUGGAGACCUUCUUGAGGAGAGCUGAUCCGCUGGCGCACGACGACAGCACGACAUACCAGACAUCUUUACAUAACGUGUCUGUCCAUCGACUCGGCAAUGCAGAGACUGAUGCUUAUCUCCGUGUGCAUCUUGUACCGGUUCGUUUGCACGAAGAGUUUAUCUUCGCGGUGGCUGUCAAUAGGACACCCAACAGGAAGGACUUCAUGGAGCAGAACAGUUACUAUGUGAACGUCCUGGUUGGGCACCAUCAUCGCUGGAUAAAUAUCGACCAAGGAGGCGAGAUCUUUAUCGCCGUUCUCCCACUGACAAAUGACACUGCUGCCGUGCUCAGAGACCCGCACUUCAGCUUGGAAACGAUUGAAAAUCGGAGCAUGAUGUACGGCCUGCAAUGUACGCUUUAUGUCUGCAUGUACUGGAACACAAAAAGCAGGGUUUGGGCGACAGGCGGCUGCCGACCGUUGCCAGACUCCGAUCGCCAGUUCGUCCACUGCGUAUGCAACCAUACCUCAAUUUUCACCGCUGGUCUUUUCGUCGCCCCAACUCCAAUCCACUUCGCAGAGCUGAGUGUCAUACUCAGAGACAUGACCGAGAACUUCCUCAUGCUCGCUGUUAUCCUCAUUAUUUGGUGCAUUUACAUCCUCGUCGCCGUCUGGGCAGUAGGCGCGGACACGCGCGACGAAGGCGCCCUAGGUAUCGAGUACCUCGCCGAAAACGAUCCGGAGGAUGAGUUCGGGUACCUGAUUUCAGUCUACACCUGCUUCAGGCGAGGCUCCGGAACAUCGAGUCAAGUGCUGUUCAAGGUCCUAGGGGAGGACAGCGAAUCGCGGGAGAGCGUCAUUCGAGACGGUGCCCACAACCCUCUGGCUCUACAAACGGGGGGCCGGGACUGGUACUUCUUGAGCAGCCCUGAUAAUCUCGGAACGAUCAGAACUGUCGUAGUAACAAUAAUCGCCAAGGGCAACAGACUGGCCUGGACGGUGGAUACCAUUGUUGUUCGAGACCUCCAGAGUACCGUAUGCUAUGUCUUCGUCGUGGACGACGUCCUAUGUCCAGACGCCUAUCGGGGUAAGACGACGUACGAAUUCGAACGAGCAGAUGAUUCCGUGCUGCAGAAUCCGUGGCGGAUCUUUAAGGCUCAACUGGUUCGCAACUUCCGCGAGGAACAUCUCAUCUUCAGCACGUUCAACAGGCACACAACCGGGAACUUCACGCGCAGGCAGCGAGCGUCCGUCACCCUGCUCCUGGUAUUGUCUGAAAUGCUGGUUAGCCUCAUGUUCUACGGCACCACGGGAGAUAAGGACGAGAAGUUCGAAUGGAACAUAGUCUCUUCCAUCGUAGAAGUUCCGGACAGACGCGAGGUUACCAUCGCCCUGGAAUCGGCAGCCAUUGUUACACCCAUGGUCUUUGUGGUUAUGUUCCUCUUCGGACGCUCGAGACAGCAAGCGUUCCGAAGGAGACCUCAAACACCUCGAGUCGUAUUCAGCGCAUCGGUCCACGAAUGGAUCGAAGAGGAGGAAAGCCCGAAUGAAACGACGAGGUCAGAGCUUCGCCGGCAUAGCCUGUUAGUAAGGAACGCGCGCGAAGAGCUGCUGCCUAUGUGGACCUCGGCGCUAGCCUGGGUACUCUGUAUCGGAGGUUCGGUGGCGUGUUCAGUGUUGGUUGUUCUGUACGGUUUGACCUACGGCUACCAUAGAAGUGCGUCUUGGGUGCGAUGUAACUUUUUCAACGUUAUAGUGACUGAAUUCGUCGUGCAUCCCGCCAAAUUGUGCUUUACGUCGGCGACCAUGGCUGUUUUGCGUCGUCCUACAGAGGUGGAGAAUAUUCCGUUACGUUAUAUUGACUGAGCGGUUAGAGCUCUUUUCUAUGUGAUGAUAGUUAUGGGGUAUAUGUGAAAUAAUGAACAGUAGUAAUGAAUUAAGUAGUGUGCUU